AUGAACUUCUACGACGAGGAGAUCACAAUCAACGGACCCGACUCCAAGCACCUCAGCAGUGUCCAAAUGGAGCCGCGAAAUGCUCUUCCAGGUGGCGGAAGAGGUGGGGCCACAGGAGGCGUCGAUGGAGGAGGUGCCGCUGGUGGUUCGCAAAGAGCAGCCGCAGGGAGGCAUCGUCGAAUGCAAUUUCAAAACAACUCCACGGAUGACGAUGGCCUCCUGCAGGACAUCAUUGAUCACGAUGACGAGGCGGAGGACAGCGACGAUGAUGACGAUAGCGAGAUGCAGAUGCCACAAGGCAUGAGCAUGGGCGUGGGGAUGACGGGUCUGGUGCCGGGACCACGAACCCAAAAGCGACCAGAUAGCACUCGCAACUCCAAGCAGUCGCAGGAUGAUCCUAUGAGCUCUGGCAGCGAUGAGGCAACCGGCGGUGGAAUAGGAUCUGGAGGCGCAAGGGGAGGAGCAGGAGGAACCCGGUUGCCUCACCAAAAGUUAACUCUACCCAUGAGGAGCAGUGCCGGUAGAUCGGAGCGUCAGGAGGUGCAGAACUUUAGCAUCAGUCCGGAUAAGUGGGAGGAUCUACCGCUGCCCGGGGAACUCAAGGAUCUAUUUCCCUAUAUCCUGAAGUACACACCACAAACUAUUGAUACUCCAUUCCACCUGCAACCCUUUAUCCCUGAAUUUGUUCCCGCCGUGGGCGAUGUGGAUGCUCUGCUCAAGGUCCAGGCUCCUCCACUCCUGCAGCCGCAGCGUCAAAGGGAACUCGAUGAGCACCUGGAGAGAUUGGGCUUGUGGCUACUGGACGAACCAUCGGGAACGCAGUCGGAGCCAUCUCUACUGAAUAUGAAACUCAGAUCGGUGCUAAGUGGCAGUAUGGGGCGUAAUCCUCGACACGCCUCCUCGGCAUCCCUGAUUCCCACAGCCCGAUCGGCCAAGGAUAUCGAUAAAUGGAUCACCGAGGUGGAACAGGUGCACAUGACCCAAGCAAUGUACGAUGCUCAGCCCCGAAAGGAUAUCGAUGCCCUCUUGGAGGAUUGGCCUAGAUCCUAUGGCGAUGAGGAGACAAAGAAUGCCUUGGAUCAGGCCUACAGAUCCUGCCUGCAGCAGAACAUAUCCUUGGUGGAUUAUGUUCGAGUGCUGUGCGAGAGAUUUGGGGUGGAAGGACCUCUGGAAUCGCAAGCCGACUAUAUACACAAUGUUCAGACACUUUUUGCUCUCUACUUGGCUGCGAGUCAGGCUUGGGAAUAG